GCCAUCUCGUUUUAUCCACGGAGCCGGCCGCAUUCGCGACGCCCUCGAGUCCACGGCGAGCACCAUGCAGCUCCUGGUGAGGGUGCCGUCUCUUCCUGAGCGAGGCGAGCUGGACUGCAACGUCUGCUACCGGCCCUUCAACCGAGGGGGCCGCGCGCCCCGCCGCCUGCCCGGCACGGCGCGCGCCCGCUGCGGCCACACGCUCUGCACCGCCUGCCUGCGGGAGCUGGCGGCGCGCGGCGACGGCAGCGGGGCGGCCGCGCGUGUGGCGCGCCUGCGCCGCGUCGUCACGUGCCCCUUCUGCCGCGCGUCCACGCCGCUCCCGCGGGGCGGCGUCACGGAAGUCGCUGUCGACCGGGACUUGUGGUCGCAGUUGGAGGAGAGAGCGCGGGCCAAGUGCGGGCCAGAUAAGACGGGUGGCUCGGUCAGGGAAGGCGGCAACGCCGACGGAGAGGCCGACGACGAGGAAGAAGAAAGCGAGGAGACGAGAAGAAAGCCGAGGAGCAGGGGAUGGCGCGUGCUCCGGCGGCUCUGGGACACGGUGCUGGCGCCCGCGCGCCGCUGGCGGCGCCCGCUGCCUAGCAACGUGCUGUACUGUCUGGAGAUCAAGGACUUCGCCCACAUGACCCGCUGCACGCUGUAGCCGCGGAACCCGGAAGGUCCGGCAUUAGGAAGGUGGGAGCUGCAUUCUCGGGCUGUGCUGUAGUAAAGCGGGUUGAUGCCAAGGCUACCCCCUCUCCCAUCCAGGGAUUGGCACUGAUGAAAGAGUUGAGCCGAGGGCAGGAGGGAGCGCCCUGGGAGGUGUAGAUGCUGAGCUGGGGAGGCUCCUAGACGAAUCGCCCGCAACUACUGACUGUGCCAGCCUUAUGUAUUCAGGAUGGAGUGGCCCAGGGAUGAUAGAAACAAAGUCUACGUUCCCGUGGGAAGACAGACUGUUUCCUUAGCUGUGACUUUGGCUUUUGUCCAGGGCAGCUAUGGUGUGUGGGAGCAACAGGUCCCAUUUUAGCAAUUCUGUGUCACUGGUUUGAAAUUUUCAAAGAGAUGGAACGGGAGAGAAGAGGCUAAUUUUCGUUUCAUGUUAAUCUCACUCCUCUAGCACGUGAGAGAGCUCAGAAAAAUAAACCGGUUUUUUUCCCCCUCAGUGCUGAUAUGCCUACUGUCUCCACACUGUCAGUAGUGUGUUCCUAAAAUUACUGAGAUGCCUCCUUGUCUCUGAGGAACCUUGCUUCAUUUCAGAAUCUCCCUUCAACCUGUUAGGGCAAGUAUGAGGAGGUCCAAAUGGCACCUAAUUAGGGCAUACCAAGGAUAGAAGGGAGAGCCAUUUGGUAAAGGUAUCCAAUUUUCAACUUUUGAUAGUAUCUUUGUCAUCUUUACAGUCAGAGGGAAACACUCACUACUGAAAAAGAUGCUCAUCAUACAGUUUUAAACCUGUGUCCCAUAAUUAGACAUUACCUGUGUAUGCCAUGGAUUCUAUUUUAAAAUCCUGUGAAUAUCUUAUGAUAGUACGGUGAUAGUCAAGGACCAGCAGCAUCAGCAUCACUGGGAGCUUGUUGGAAGUGCAAAAUCUCAGGAUUCCACUUCAGACUAACUGAAUCAGAAUCUGCAUUUUAACAAGAAUCCCAGGUGAUCUGUCACAUAAAAAUUUAAGCAUUGGUCCAGGUCCUAGACUCUCAGAUAUCACCAUCUAUGGGUGGAAUGUUUAAAACACAGUUGGUAUAAAUGGCAAACUUUUUUAUUAAAGGUUUUAAAGUGACAUUCUGUUGCUGAAGAAAUCUAAUUUCUUUGUGUGCAUAGCUUAUUGUGUUGCAUUUUUGUCUGAGUUAAAAAUGUGAACUUAUUAAGUAUAAACCUCAAUUUUUAUAACCAUAUUUUGACUUUUUCCUGUCGUUAAGUCUUGGCUUAAAUGUUCCCUCUUUUGGGAAGCUUUUCUCAGCAUUCAGCCUGGUGUGGCCCCUUCCCUCACCCUCUGGAGCAUAAUGCCUUGUUUUCUUUUCUGAUAGUGUGUGUUUUGUUGGUUUCCCCUACUAGAGUGUACGCUCCAUGAGAGCAAUGACUGACUUGUGACUGUUGUAUCUCCGGGGCCAAGAGCAGUGUUACUGUAUAUAGUAUGUACUCAAUAAAUGUUUGUUGGGUUUCUUUUAUUUUUUAA